ACAGAAGAAAAGAAACAGGAAGCUACUGAUACUUCUCGUGAUCAUUUGCAUUCCAACUUUUCUCUUUCCUCAUUCACUCUCCCACCGCUCUCUCUCGUGCCCCAACUCCAACCCUUACCAUCAUCUCUGAUAUUUCUUUUCCUUCUCGCCUUCUUCCUGUUAUCCAGCCGAUGCUCUUCGUUUCCGAUCCUUUUCAGGGUUUGAAUGCUCCUUUUUGAGGCUAGUGAAUGGGAUUUAACGGGCUGUUUGGAUUAGGGGAUCGUUAUGUUUGAAGAGAAUUUCCAAGGAUAUAUGGUGUUCUUUCUGAUAUCUGUGCAGUUUUGCCUUCAAAAUGUUUCUUUAGAAUUGGGUUAAUAUAGUUUUUGGAAGGUUUGUUGUCUGUAGUAUUUGAGUGAACACCAUGGAGAUGGAUGCAGUGCCCAGUAUUUCUGAAAUUGUUGAAUCAAAUGAAGAGUUGGAUUUUGAAUUGAAAAUGGAUGAGAAAGCGAGGAAGCAUUCUGUUUUAAAAUUGGGAAAUAGGUAUUCUAUUGAAGAUGACAUUAAUCGUCUUUUUGAAUCAAUUGAGAUUAGAACCUCCACUAAGCACAAUGAUGAAGUUGUUAAAGAUGCUUUAAGGAAGAAAGCUAUGAAGAGACCAAUGAGGGUUGGUUCACCUCAAAUGUCAGGAAUUGGAAUUUCAGAGCCUGUUAGUUUGAAGCAAGCUUUGAGGGGAUUAUGCAUCUCUCAGGCGUCGGAGAUGGCAGCAAUGAAGCGAUUAUCAAGACCAACAAGUUCAUCAAGGUCCUCAGAAGUGGGAACUAUCAAAAGGUUGUACAGGGCAGUCGUAGUUGAGGCUGAUGGAUCUGGGCUCCCCAUAAAUGAAGGCAAUGGAAAUUUGGUAGAAAUCUCUCUUGUACCAGAAAAAAUCACAUCAAAUUCUUCUGAGAAGAUGUUUGAAUCCUCAGAAAUGGUCAAGGCGGAGUUAUCACAUCAAACUCUCCAUUCUUCGCGGGAUCAGGUUGUUCCUCUGCCUACAGGGUUUGAUCGUGAAAUAUCAAAGGAAGAAGUUGGAGAGCUUAAAUCUACAGAUUAUUCAUUUAACAGUCAUGUUGGUGAGAAGCCAAAAGAGGCAGAUGAGAUUGCUUUGGCCUCAAUCAAAGUUUCUGUAAAAACUCCAGUGCCAGAAGAGGAGAAAAACCAUUUGCAUGCUUCCUCCUUACUUUCUGUGUCUGGUUCAAGCCCUGGUCGUACAGUGAAUAAUUCUGUAUGUAAUGCUCCGUGCUUCAUCAAGCCAAUCUUCAGGAGCAAAAACUUCAUUAAGAAGAAAGCUAAGCAGGAUUCAGCUUCUGCCUCCAGCAGUUCUAAUCCAAGUAAUAAAAAAGUCAAUAAUGAUCUGAAUCCUAGUACAAGCAAUUCGGACGUGACGCAUGACUGUAUGCUGGAGAGUGGGAGGAGAGGAGGUGCGAAAGCUUCUCCAGCUUCUAGCAGUACAAAUCACAGCACCGAAUACAAUUCAGUCAUUGCUGACACAAGUUCAGGCAGGCUGGGUUCUAGUUUGAAUGGUGUUAACAGAACGAGAUCUAUAUCGACAAAGGUUGAUGAAAGAUCAAGAUCAAGAGAAAAGGGGGAAUUCUCUCAAAGUUCAAAAAGUAGUAUCGGUGACUAUAGUAGUAGCACGAGUAUUAGUGAUGAUAGCAAUCUAAGCGGGUCUAGUCGUAGUGGCAGUCGGCCUCACAUGUCAAAGGACGUGAGGGGGGAAGCCAUUCGCCAUAUUCAGAAGCAGCACGGGAGCUUUUGUUUGAAACAUUUUAAGCUGAUCAAGAAGCUUGGUUGUGGGGAUAUUGGGUCUGUUUAUCUUGCUGAGCUAAGUGGAACAAAUUGCCUAUUUGCUUUGAAGGUGAUGGACAACGACUAUUUGGCAAGCAGGAAGAAGAUGUCUAGGGCCCUAACUGAAAGAAAGAUUUUGCAGAUGCUGGACCAUCCUUUUCUCCCUACAUUAUAUGCCCAUUUUGUGUCAGAUAAACUCUCCUGCUUGGUUAUGGAGUACUGCCCUGGUGGAGAUCUGCAUGUGCUGCGGCAGAAACAACCUGGCAGGAUUUUUGAAAAAAAAGCCGCAAGGUUUUAUGUUGCUGAAGUCCUCCUUGCACUGGAGUAUUUGCACAUGCUUGGAGUUGUUUAUCGAGAUUUAAAACCAGAAAAUAUUCUGGUCCGAGAGGAUGGGCACAUCAUGCUUUCAGAUUUUGACCUAUCACUCAGGUGUGCUGUUAAUCCAGUUCUGCUUCAAUCAUCUACACCUGCUGAAGAGCCUGCAAAAAAGAUGUCGAGUCCAUGCUCUGAAGCUAGCUGCAUUGAUCCUUUCUGCCUCCAUCCAGCCUGGCAUGUAUCAUGUUUCACUCCAAGACUUCUAUCAGUUGCUGCUGCGAAAUCUCAGAAGUUAAAAUCUGACCUAGCUGCUCAAGUCAGUCCGCUGCCACAGGUGGUAGUGGAGCCAACAAGUGCUCGUUCUAACUCCUUUGUUGGGACUCACGAAUACCUGGCUCCAGAGAUCAUCAAAGGUGAGGGUCAUGGCAGUGCUGUUGAUUGGUGGACUUUUGGAAUCUUCUUGUUUGAGCUGUUAUAUGGUAGAACGCCGUUCAAGGGCUCAGGAAAUGAGGAAACUUUGUCCAACGUUGUGUCACGAAGCCUCAAGUUCCCCAGCAGCCCUAUAGUUAGUUUUCAUGCACGUGAUUUGAUUAGAGGAUUGUUGAUAAAGGAACCUGAGAAUCGGCUAGGAUCUGCCAAAGGGGCUGCAGAGAUCAAACAGCACCCUUUCUUCGACGGCCUUAAUUGGGCUCUGAUACGGUGUACAAUUCCGCCAGAGCUGCCUAAACACUGCGAUGCUGGAAUUACAUCAAUCACAUUCUCUCAGAACAAGGACUGCACUAAGUUUAAGGAUGUCAAGGAUACAGAAGAGCAAAGAGUGUUUGAGAUGUUUUAGCCUGGAAUUAUCUGAUGUGAGAAAGGAAAGAUGUUUGAUUUUCUUUUCUUUUCUUUUUUAAAAAUGAGGUUUCGCAUCAUUAUUGUAACUAUAUAUAACAUAUAUUUAUGGCAUAUAGUGUAAAUGUAAUUCUGAAAAUUGGCGGCAACUUAUUAAGUAUGAGAUAUAUGUAUACCUUUAACUCUAGUUUAGAGUUGAAAUGUGAAAUGAGGGAAAGUAAUUGAGAAUGUGGAGGUGAAGAAGCAUUGCUCUCUUAUUUAUCUGAGCAUAUCAGUCUCCCUGUGCA